UCCUCGCAAGGCUUCAUGGGUAGCCGCUCUCGGCCGGGGCCUCCAUUUUGCUGCCGGCGGCAGACACGACACGACACACGCUCCCGAGGGUCCCCGCCGUCGCCCGCCAUGGGUCGUCGCCCGGCUCGCUGUUACCGGUACUGUAAGAACAAGCCGUACCCCAAGUCGCGCUUCUGCCGAGGGGUGCCCGACGCGAAGAUCCGCAUCUUCGACCUGGGUCGGAAGAAGGCGAAGGUGGACGAGUUCCCGCUGUGCGGCCACAUGGUGUCGGACGAGUAUGAGCAGCUGUCGUCCGAGGCCCUGGAGGCGGCGCGCAUCUGCGCCAACAAGUACAUGGUCAAGAGCUGCGGCAAGGACGGCUUCCACAUCCGCGUGCGCCUGCACCCCUUCCACGUCAUCCGCAUCAACAAGAUGCUGUCGUGCGCCGGCGCCGACCGCCUGCAGACCGGCAUGCGCGGCGCCUUCGGGAAGCCGCAGGGCACCGUGGCCAGGGUGCACAUCGGCCAGGUCAUCAUGUCCAUCCGCACCAAGCUGCAGAACAAGGAGCACGUGGUCGAGGCCCUGCGCCGAGCCAAGUUCAAGUUCCCCGGCCGCCAGAAGAUCCACAUCUCCAAGAAGUGGGGCUUCACCAAGUUCAACGCCGACGAGUUCGAAGACAAGGUGGCCGCCAGGCGCCUCAUCCCCGAUGGCUGCGGCGUCAAGUACAUCCCCGAACGCGGCCCCCUGGGCAAGUGGCGGGCCCUGCAUUCCUGAGGGCCUCGGCGCCGCACACGAAGCACUCGGUACGCGGUUGUGUUUUGAAGAUGUUGAUCGUUCCGUUCGUAGUGUGUAGGACGUUAGUUUGCGUAUUGUAGGGCAUGGCAACAGAAGGCACCUGCUGUGGUUGAGGGACAAGAAUUGGAUUUCUGGAGAACACGUUUGCCAUCUUGAGCCAACCAACUUUAAAUUUUUGGACUACGCCACAGUGUGACAAAAACCAUUUUGUUCAGUAUGACAAACAUUUUGUCUAGUGAAGGCAGAAACGGUACUGUUGAUACCUUGGAUUAAGAGAACAAGAGGACUUUGAAGAUGUGUGAAAAAUCCUCGUCUAUGGAAAACGACGUGAAAAUUAUAUCUCAUGUGUAUGUACCCUCUUUAAAACUAGCCUGUUUCUAAAUUCGAUUGCUCUGCUCUAAAAUCGUCAACAUUACUUUUAGAAUUACCUGUAGCCUCAGGUUAUCAAUCGUAGAACAAUUGGGUAUACUGAAAAAAGGUUUCCUAGACAAGCCUUACAUUGUCCUGCACUCAGGAGACAAAGAUCCAAUCUUUUCUUCAUCACAGAAAGGUUAUAGGUGACAACAGAGUUCAUAUUGCUUGUAUUUGGGUCCCGGUAGUAUCAACAAAGAGGAGAAGAUGACCGUAAAUCAGCAGGCUGCUCUGAGGGGUCUGGGAAAGCCUUUGUAAUCUGUUGCUGUUUGCCCUGUAUCAGAGUUACAUUGGUCAUAAGGGCGGUUUCUAUUUUAGAAACGAUAUAACCCGAAAUUACUGGGUUUAUACUGUUUAUGUUGUUCUUAGUGUACCUGUUCUUUGACUUAGAAUUUGUGAAUCUUAAUCCUGGAAACAUAAUCUUCAGUUUUCCUCUACUAAUGAUCCAAUUUUAAGGCAAGGUAGUUAAAGGAAGCAGGGAAAGGAUGCAUUGCUCGUUGUUUUGCAGUUGUAUAAAUUCUUCCCCUAUCAAAAGUUACUGCAUCUGACUUGUCCUUGUCUGUCAGUUACUUGCGUGUUUGGUAUUUUAAUAAACACAAUAGUCAUGUUAAAGAGUGUUCUCGAUAAAUAACAAUGUGAAUUCAGAAAGGCUCUCCAACAUAACAGGUGUUUCACUUAAUGCUCUGAGAACUCUUGACACUGUCUAGGGAAUUACUUCAUGUGCAGUUAAUAAAAGUAAACGUUACCAGA